GGCAGGACCACGAUACGGUUGUCCUCUCGUGAGAUACGCUAACCUGUACGCACCCAUAGUAUCGUCUACGGUUGCCAUCUAGGGCGCAGUUGUGGUUAGAUGUUCCUGUGAGUGUUGGAGUUCGAUGCUCGAGCAUUGCGAACAGCCCAUGGAACGAGAGCGUGCAGACGGAGUUUGAGGAGAACGAAGGAACUCAUCCUCGGUAGCCGUAGUUUUUUGGGAAAUUGAUAUCGAUCCAAGAGUGUUUUAGGUUGGGCGGGUUGUUUGGAACUAUGGGGUUUAUGGGGCUGCUCCGAGGCAGCAGCAGCGGUGUCAGAGCUUUGCGUUCGAGAGGUGCAGGAAUUGGAUCGGUUUCUUCAGUCAGGGGAUCGCGUGCGCCUGUGGUUGGAGCAGUGGAAUGUUCGAGAAGCUCGUCAAAUUUUGGGGUCGCUGGUGCAGAUUGUGCUUGGAAUUCUUUUGUGGCACAUUACAGAUCGGGGUCUAGGAUUUCUGAGAUUACGAAAUCCCUGUCUUCGUUCUCCGCUGCUCCUCUGUCUACGUUGUCUUGCUCUCGUGCGAGUUUGUUUCCUUCGGCUGUGCGAUCUCUGUUGGAGCCGAACUUUGGGGGUGUUGGUUCGAUUGGGCAGCAGCUCGAUGCAUCUUCGAUGCAACAGAAGCGAGGACUUUCGAAAUUGAAGAAAUACAAGAUGAAAGCCUACUCGUCAUACAAGGAGAGGUUCAAGUUGAUGGCAGAUGGGACCUACAAGCGUUGGAGAUCAGGGACCCGGCAUAAUGCGCAUUCUAAGACGGCAAAGCAGAGAAGACAAUUGAGGAUUCCGUCGAUUGCUCCGCUGGCACUUGCUAAGGUCAUGAAGAAGCUAAAUUUCAUGGGUUAAUUCUUUCCCCGGCUCAUUUGAAGAUUCUUGAGUCAGUCUGCAUCGAUCAAACUCAGAUGACAGCAGCGAGUUAAUUGCAAGGUCGCCAACUUUGAUCCUUCAUACCGUCGCUGCAUAAAGAGGAAGCUUUUUGGGAGAUAUAACUUGUGUGCACAUGAGCAGAUGGACAAGUGCUGCUGUCAAUUUUGCAGCUGUCAAAUGCGUGGUAUCGGUUUCUUCCGUCUAAUGGGUAGUAUGUUCUAUUUGCGAGGGAUUUAACAUCCUGAACUGGAUUUUUAUAUGACCAGCAUUUGGGAGUUCAGGCAAAUGUGCUUUAUGCAUUCCUAGCAGUGAGCAGCUGAAAGUUCUUACUGAUAAACUUCCAAUUGCUAUCGAGGACACCGUGCAAAACUUUUGUGAAUGCACGAAGGUUGUCAAAGGGGCCCACGGAGAGGUGCAGCAUUAAUGUUCAUGUAGACUUUGAGCACAAGACUGCCAGCAACUCAAAAUAAAGCUUCUUCCCUGAGUUAUUUUUGCC